UAAACGGUCUUAUCAGCCCGUCACUGCCUACUCCAGCUCCUUGCGCAGUAUGUUUACAAAUAUGUACAUGCGAGAACCCGAUUAUCGAUGCGGUUGUAGUUAAUCUCUGGUGUACGGUGGAUUUAAUAAGUUGUUUAUCGAGUUUAAUAGCGAUAUUGUUACCUGGGAAAGUCGUGCGAGUGUUCAGAAUUAUGUCAAGCUUGAAUGAGCUCAAACAUGGCCGACAUACAAAUGCUUCCUAGUUCUGUGACGUUCGUCGACAAUCGUUUAUGCUACAGUGGACAAAAGUGCCAGAGAAUUCCGGAGGCUUUAGUAAAAUUAUAUGGGGCUAAAGUACAAAGCCUGGAUCUGAGUUACAAUGAAUUAGUCACUUUGAAAGGUUUGGAAGGAUUUCCCUUGCUGAGGGAGCUGGUAUUGGAUAAUAAUCAACUUACAGAUGCACUCGUGCUGCCGUACUUGCCGCACUUACACACGCUUUCGCUCAACAAAAACCAGAUAACUGAUAUUGAAUCUCUCAUUACAAAAAUCCGACAUAAUCUACCAGCUAUUACUUACUUAAGUAUAUUAGGAAACAAAGCUUGCCCUAACCAGCUCUCUAAUAUCGACAACGAUGAAGAGGAUUAUCAAAGAUACAGAUAUUACGUGUUGCAUUAUCUCCCAACAUUGAAGUUUUUAGAUUCGAACAAAGUGCGGGACUGGGAAAAGGACGAAGCACGACGUCGAGGGCAAUUUAUGAAAAUUGUCAGGCCCAACACAUCAAACAUAAAUGAGAACGUUCCAAACAAUACCAUUCCAAAUUCUUUUACACCAUUACCCAAGUCAAUAAGGAACCCCAACGACUACAGAGGUGCAUAUGGCAAAUGCAGAUAUCGAUACAACGGUAAACAUUCAGAGGGAAACAGGUUCAUUUGUAACAGUGACCUUUAAAAUUUACAUAUGAAUUAAAAUUCUAAUAUAAGCAGCUA